UCGGAUCUGGGUUGGACGAGUCAAUUCAAGUAGCCGAGUAUUUUGACCAUCUUCCAGACUGGCUAUACAAGUGAAGUGGUCAUAAUCUUUCAGUAUUCACCACUGAACAUUUGGCUGUAUGUUUGGGUAAUCAGGCCUAGUAGAGUUUGUUUCCUUAACUCAUCGGCCAUAGGCGCCAUUCAAUCACCUUCCAUUGCUGGCGAAUUGCAAGCUUCUUACUCAUUCCAUGAUGGAAAGCAACUCCGGCAAACUGUUUAUUGUUCUGAGUUUCUCCAUAUUCUACUGCCUCUGCAUUCGAUUUUCCCAUGCGACGGAUACCAUCACACAAGACCAACCGCUCCCUGACGGGAAGACCUUGAUUUCUGCUGGUGAGGUUUUCGAGCUGGGCUUCUUCAGCCCCGGCAAGUCGAAGAAUCGUUACGUGGGAAUAUGGUACAAGAAAGUCACGAACCAAACGGUUGUAUGGGUUGCCAAUAGGAAAAACCCAGUCUUGCAUUCAUCUGGUGUCCUUACAAUCAACAGCAACAAUGGGAAUCUGAUGAUCUUGGAUGAGAUUGGAGGCAACUUCAUGGUGACAUCUGAUUCUGCUACCAAUCAAACAAGUGCUCGGCUCUUGGAUUCCGGAAACCUCAUCCUGAUAGAAGGGAAUUCGACGAAUGAUGAAGGCCGGGUCAUAUGGCAAAGCUUUGAUUAUCCUACCCAUACAUAUCUCGCUGGCAUGAAACUGGGAGUGAAUAGAACGAGUGGGCGAAACUGGUUCUUUGCUUCAUGGAUAAGUGAAGAUGACCCUGCUCCUGGGGACUACACUUUUGUAAUAGAUUCCAAUGGAUUGCCUCAAUUUUUUAUACAGAGAAAACGGCAAAACUACUGGAGUAGUGGCACUUGGAAUGGAGAGGUUUUCAGCCUUAUUUCUGGAAUGAUAAGAAGUACUAUCUUCAAUUACAGCUACAUAUCGAAUGAGGAUGGGGCAUAUUUUAUUUAUUCACUUUAUGAUAAAACUAUAAUUUCAAUAAUGGUGAUGGACGUGUCUGGGCAACUCAAGCAAUUGAUAUGGCAGGAGAACAGCCAAUCUUGGAAUUUGUUUUGGUCUCAACCAAGAGUGGCAUGUGAUGUUUAUGCUGCUUGUGGGGCUUAUGGUAUCUGUGAUGAUAGUACGUCCUUGUGCAAGUGCUUGCACGGGUUUGAGCCUUACUCUCGAGGAGAAUGGGAUGCAGGUGAUAAAUCAAAGGGGUGCGUGAGGCGAAUAGAACUGAAGUGUGGGAAUCAAGAUGGGUUCUUGCGGUUGAGUGGCAUGAUGUUUUCUGGUAACCCUCGAGUUCUAAAGAAUUCAAGUCUCAGCCUAGAAGAUUGCGAAUUUGAAUGCAGGAGAAACUGCUCUUGUAUUGCUUAUGCUUCUGCUCAUGACAACAGAACCGGAUGUUCCUUGUUGGAUGGAGAGUUGUUGAAUAUUCGUGAUACCUCCAGCAAUGUCCCUGAUCUUUAUGUUCAUCUCUCUGCUUCAGAGUUUGAAAACAAUACAAGUUCAGACCGAGGAAAGAAGAAGAGGAAACAAGUAAUCAGUGCACUAACAAUCUCUCUGUCCAUACUUCUACUGGGCUCCUUUAUGUGUUGUUUCUGUAUGCGAAAGCUAAUGCAUAAAGGGAAACGGGAAACAAGCCAAGAAGUAUUAUUGCGUGAGUUAGGAGAUGAUGGGUCAGAUGACAGGGAACUCAUGAAUGCAAAUAGGCUCAGAGAAGGUGGAAGGAAGGGUCUGGAGUUGCCGCUAUACAGUUUUGCAAGUAUAGUAGCUGCCACAGAUAACUUCUCUCCAACAAAUAAGCUUGGGCAGGGUGGUUUUGGCCCUGUUUAUAAGGGUAGGUUGUCCGAGGGACAAGAAAUCGCUGUGAAAAGGCUUUCAAGAAGUUCUGGACAAGGUCUAGAAGAGUUCAAAAAUGAGAUUUUACUUAUUGCCAAACUCCAACACAUGAAUCUUGUUAGGCUUUUGGGUUGCUGCAUUGAAGGAGAAGAAAAGAUACUGCUCUACGAAUACAUGCCCAACAAAAGCCUGGACUUCCUCCUCUUUGAUCCAACCCAAGGAAAGCUUUUAGAUUGGGGAAAACGCAUCCACAUCAUUGAUGGAAUUGCUCAAGGGCUUCUCUAUCUUCACAAGUACUCCAGAUUGAGAGUUAUUCACAGAGAUCUUAAAGCCAGUAACAUCCUCUUGGAUGGUGAGAUGAGCCCCAAGAUAUCAGACUUUGGCAUGGCGAGAAUUUUCGGGCGAAAUGAAUCAGAGGCAAAUACAAAUAGGAUUGUUGGAACUUAUGGUUAUAUGUCUCCCGAGUAUGCAAUGGAGGGCCUUUUCUCAGAGAAAUCUGAUGUCUUUAGCUUUGGAGUCUUACUUCUAGAGAUUGUCAGUGGCAAGAAGAACACAAGCUUUUAUCAUUCUGAUAUGUCUCUAAACCUUCUCGGAUAUGCAUGGGAAUUGUGGAAGGAUGGUAGGGUCUCGGAGUUGAUGGACCCAACGUUAGGUGAUACAACAUCUACUGGCUGCGACAUUUCGAGAUUCAUCCAAAUGGGACUCUUAUGUGUGCAGGAAAGUGCGAGGGAUAGACCCACCAUGUCCGGCGUUGUUUCUAUGCUUAGUAAUGAAAUGGCAAUGUUGGCUAAUCCGAAACGACCUGCAUUCUUUCUAGGAAGAAGGGGGCUUGAGGGAAAUUCAUCUAAAAUCAGAACAGAGAAUUGUUCCAAUAAUGAUGUAACUAUUUCUGUGAUAGAAGCUAGAUAGACAUUCACACUUCAGAACAGAGUAUGCCUCUUUUUCCAAUCAACGGAAGUUUAGUUGGUUGAAGUUCAAAUAAUUCUUACCAUUUUAUGUCAGUCAGAUUAAAUGAUUAUGUUGUAUCCUCCCAUAUGAGACAAUGAGUAUUAUGGGUAAGA